CGAGGCGAGGAUUCGGAUAUUUCACCAACUCCUCCAGUAGCACAUAUUCCUCAGAAAAGCCACCAUCUCCGCCAUAAUCGACGUCAGAUUUCGCUAUAUUUUAAGACGGACAACUAAACAGUCGAAUUUAUAUGUCCUUAUAGCGUUUCUCCGUCUGUACAUUUGAGCGUUGUCCUAGUUGCACGACAUAAUCCCAGUUAGUCAUGUAACGUUAGCUAGCUAGCGAGUUUGUGAGCCGUUAAUCGAACAACACUAUUGUCUACAGCCUCAAGAAACAGACAAGAUAAGAUAUGGAGACGGAAGGUUAGAAGAACAAAACCGAACCGAAGACAUGGAGUUACAUGAGGAUAAUCAGGAAUCAAAGCACAGCCGAUUGUCCCAUCGUAGUGAUGGGAAGGUCUCCAAAUCAUCUCCGCAAUCUGGGAAACGGGAGAAAUACCGGAAAGACGUAGAGGGCUCGUCUGGGGAUCGUGUACGGACCAGAACGCGAGAUCCGGAUCGAGAUCGAUGUUCGGAUGGAGAGCGCAGCAGUGCCUCUUCCUACUCUGAUGAUGAUUAUGAAAAUGUCUCGCACUCUGACCAGUCUCUCUCGCCACGGUCCUUAUCUCCAUCACCACAUAGAAGAGGAAGAUCUAGACGUGUGUCCAGCAGCCCCUUGCGUCGAGCAGGUGUGAGUAAAGGUGUGUCAGGUCGCCCUCCACCCCAUUCCCAUAAUCCUCAGCAGAAAUCAAGAGGCAUGCGGUCCCACAGUCUAAGUAAAGAUGCACCAUCCAAAGAUGUCGAGCCGGUAACCAAGCGAAUGCUGUCCGCACGUCUGCUUAAGAUCAACGAGCUAAAGAAUGCAUUGUCUGAGCUGCGGCUACAUGCGGAUGAGCUGCAGCGGGAGAACCGUUUGCUGCGGCAGCUGCAGCUAAGACAGGAGAAAGCACUGCAUCGCUACAAUGACACAGAGAGCGAGAUCUCGCAGCUGCUGUCUCGCCACAACAACGAAACUCACGUGCUGCGAGAGAGGCUGCGACGAAGUCAGGAGAACCAGCGAGCUGCUGAGCGCAGCCUCAGAGAGAGGGAUGCUCAGCUCCAGCGCUGUCGCAAUCAGGUACAGAAGCUGCAACACCUCGCAGAUGACCAAAAUCUCGGAGAACGGGAAGAACUCUCACGGAAAUUGGUGCAUGCUCAAGCCAUAUUGCAAGAGAGUGAACGCAGAGUGAAGGAGUUGGAGAAGAACAUGGAGUUGAGUAGCGGAAGCUUUCAAAGGCACCUAACUUAUGAGAGGAGAAGAACUCACGAUGCUCAACAGCAAGUUAAAGCACUACAGGAGGAAGUGGAGAGACUUUGCACUAAACUGAAGGAGAAAGAAAAGGAGCUGGACGCAAGGAACAUCUACGCUAACAGGAUGGUGAAAGCGUCUUCCAAGAAAGAAGCAGAUAAUGCCAGUAGCCAGAAAGCGACCACCACAACAAGCACUAAAGCUGUACAGACUGAAGAAAGGACCCUCUCGUUGGAUUUUCCCUCGCCUCCUCCAGCUCUUACCAGUGAUCUCCCACCUGACAUCCAAACCGAUGAUUACCUCUCUCUAAAGGUUCAAAAGCCUACUGAGCAUCGCAGGGAUCAGCAAGGCAGAGACCAGAAGCAAAGAGACGAGUGGAAGAUCCAAAAAUUUUGGAGAGAGAGGGAGAAGGAAAGAGAGAUUGAAUCUGCAAUGCAACAGACGAGAGAGAAGGAGAAAGAAAAAGACAUUCACGACAGGGAAAGGGAAACAGAACUGUUGAAGGACAAAGAGAAGCAAAAACAAAGACUAGAUCAACAGCCCAGCUCACACGACAAGAACGCAAAGGGCCUCAGAAAUGGCCUUGACAGAGAUGAAGAGGAUUGGAGGAUUGGUCUGUCUAAAUCUCGAAAGGAAGAAGAAAGCAGGAGGCAGCGUGAACCGGAAGAGGAAGAACUUCAAGCAAGAAAUCAGGAGAUCCAGACCGCCAAUCAAGAACAAGUUGAGGAGGAACGUCAACGCAAAGAGCAGCUGUUAGCUAAAAUGCGUGAGAUUGACAUGCAGACACAAGGCCAGGACUCCGACUUCUUCUCAGACGACACAGGAAGUAUCCGCUCUCCGCCACGAUCGUCCGAGCAACGCAACCAGAACGGUAUUUUCAAACUCACAGACCCAGAUGAAACCGCAAACAUAUUUGGUAACGGGAGAAGGGAGGCCGGUAUCCGAGCACAGCGACCUAGCGAAGAUCUCGACCUGGCCUUUGGCAGCUAUGCCCCAUCUUUUGGGAAACCCGCCUUACGUACAGGUUUGGCCUCACGCAACACAAAUCAAAACUCAAAUCCACAGCAACCUCGAGAGUUGGACAGAGGGUUGGAUCUAUGCGGUGUAGUCAAAGAGAGAAAAUCCAAUCUCAUGCAGCAGCUUUUCAGGUCCACUGCAACUCCACCUCCUUCAGAAGCAUCCAGUAAGAUGGAGAUCCUGAGCCCUCCGGUAUCAGCCCAACUCCAUUCAGGAGUAGUGAGUGGACGCAAGAGGGACACAGACACACCGACGGGUCUAAACAUUGGUUCUCUCCCCAACAAUAGGAGCACUCUUCAAGUCUCUGAGAGCCGGCCCGCAGUCAGGGCCAUUACAUCAUGUGAUGAUGGCAUAGAGGAAGUGACACUCUAAAUAGGGCGUCUUUAUAUAACAGUUGCACAUGGGGAAUCAGUUUUUUGAAAAUGGGAAGAGAUUUCAAAUACCUCAGAUACUUGCUUGUGUACUCCCUUAUGAAGUCAGCCCUGAUUAAACGGUGUUUAUUUCGCGUACACGACACGUCUAUUUCUUUGCUUUUAAUGCACUGGGUGAAAUCUAGGAGGGGAACUAUUUUUCACUUUUUUUGUGGUAAAGUAUUCGAAGGGUCUAAAAUAAUAACAUUCUAUUCGCCAAAUGUGAGUACAAAAAAGGUCACUGGAUGGUAAUAUUAUUAGAAACUGAAACAAAAUGCACAUUUUAAGAUGAGCUGAGAAUAAUAGUCUGACCCUCGCUGAUCUACAUAAUUCAGAUCAAAGAAAAAUCCGAAUCGCUGGUAGAUCUUCCAGAAUCACUCGCUGCUAAUCUUGGACCCUGUUUUUGUUGUUAUUAGUGCUGAGAAUGUGCAUACUACAUAGAAAGCUACUUCUAUGUAAUAAUGUUUCGGGACUCUCUCAGAAACAUUUAUAAGUAUAGACAGAAGGUUGCUUUAGCAUGGUGAACACAUUUUCGGGCCUUAUAUUUGCUUUGGGGCGGCUUUGUUUGAGAUUCAGAACAAAGAUAUCUUGUUCAAGAUUCAGUUUGUGUGUUUUGCAAGGAAAUGGUCUGCAUUUUCAGUACUGAUAUGACUGUGGUGAAGCUCUGCCCUCUCACGGAGACACUCUGUGGCUUGGCUGACUCAGGUUUAGGCUGAAUCUUCACUGAAGUAGUCCUCCCACACAGCACUUUUUAAAGUUUCUCUCCUCCGCAUCUUACAAUAGAUUAAGUGUCCAUUAUUUUACAUGAUAAAGGAAAGAGUUAUAGAUCUAGCCUGAGUAUGUAUUUUUUGUUAAAAGAACAAACCAAAUAUUCAGAAGGUCCAGUGGGGUACUUUGACUUUCUUUUACAUUCUCAGUGUGUUGUGUGUAUUGUUUUGUUUGCCUGCUUACAUAUAUCACGUUUUAAUUGUUAGAUGUAUAGCAUAUGAUAGAUAUUUAUUUGGCUUUUUUAAAUGCCCUGUAAAGCACAGGCUUGUCAAUGUAAAAACAUCCAUAGAGGUUUAUCUGUGAGAUUUGUUGAGGUGUUCUCAAAGUUGAACUUUCUGUGAAGAGAUUGCUGACUUUUCAAGUUCCCCUAAAAUUGUAAUGAUUUGUUUUGUAUUUAUAAAGCUCCUCAGGGUUCAAACAGAAAAAUAUUGAUUGACCACAUAUAAACGUUUAAACAAUGUGUCUGUUUUUUCUCAUUUGUUGUGACCUUUAACGGUGGGUGACCUUUAAAGGGACAAUUCGGUCAUCAUUUACUCAGUUGUUCCAAAUCUGUAGGAAAAAUGACAAUGGUACUCAAAAGUGCCCCAGAACUGUUUGCGUUCUUACAUUGUUAAAAACGUCUUCUUUAGUGAAAAGCAAAUAAAUUUUACUCAAUGGUUGCCAAGAAGUGUUUGGUUAAAAGCAUUUUUCCAAAUAUCUUUCUCUGUGUUCAUCAGAACAAAGAAAGUUGGAAUAACUUGACCGUAAGUAAAUGAAGAUAGAAUUUUCAUUUUUGGGUGAACUGUUCCUUUAAGGAGUAAAGUCCUGCUAUGUUUUAAAUUGCGUAUUUUCUUUAAAAUAGUACAAAUUUGCAUUCACUACUUUGGACAAGGUCUUGUACUCACUUAGCAUUUAAAUAGUACUCAAUGUAUUUUGGUUUUGUCCAAGAAUUCUCACUGCAGAAAAUCACAAAUUCACUGUUUAAUAUCUGAAUUGUGCGUUGAUCUUGCAUUUAAAUUUCUCCACCUCCUUAAGUCUUUUAAAGUCCUCACUGUAAAAAAAGGUUGGUUAAAAAAAAUAAGUUACCUGGUUGCCUUAAAAUUUUGUGUUAAUUCAACUUAAAAAUAUUAGUCAACUCAACGAGUUUAGUCAACUCAAGAACUCAAGUUUUAAGUUGAAUUAACUUUUAAGGCAAGCAUUUUUAAGUUGAACCAACAACAAGUAAUGUUUCUGUAGCACUAAAUGGUUUUGUUCUGAUGGCAAAUUCUAUUUUUUGUAGAAUGACAACUUGAAGUUAGUUAUGUGGCUUUAUUUUUAUGGUUUGUAUGUCUGUGUUAUCUGACUUUGUAAAUUAUUCAGAUUUAAAUAAGUGAUCCUCUUCAAUAAUUAUAAUACAAUUUUUAUGGUUUAUGUGUCCUUUUAAUCUCUUUUCACAAGUUUUUAAGAGAGGGCUGUCUGAAACAUGAGCACUGGAACAUGCAAGAUCAUUUGUUCAUGAUGGAUCUCAACAAAGAGACUCAUAGAUAUGCGAGCCCCAAAAAUGUACCUUUGGUACAUAUGCGUCCUCUUUCAGGAUCAGGAAACUUCUGAUUGUCUGCUCUUGAGUGGCAACAAGGUUCCAGAGAUACAUGUGUGUUGUGAAGCAUUGUAGAUUGUUGGCCAUUGUAAAGUUACUAUAGAAUGUCAUUCAUUGUGAGGUUGUGGCAGAGAUGUGGCCAUUAUGAGGUCAUUGUGGAGAGAUGCUAUUGUGAGCUUUUGGUUCUGUGCAUUUUGCCAUGAAAUCACAUGACUGUCACAUGUAAAUCAGUUACAUCAUUGUUGAAUUAGUAGUUAGUGUGAGUCUUUAUAUACUGUCAAGAAACCAGUCAAAAGCAUGUCUGUUGUGCCCCAAGAAUAUUGUCUAGGAAUAUGUUGUCUUUUUAGGA